GGGGUGCUGGAGUUCGAUUUUUGCGGCUGAUGCUCGAUGCUCUCCUGUCUCGCGUUUCGCGUCUCUCCGUCUUCUGCCAAUUGUUCUUGUUCUUGUUCUCCCUCUGUCUCUCCCUCUCCCUCUCCAGUAUUGUUACUGUCCUCCAACGCUGAAACAGAGAGACCCGGCUGCAGGGAUCUGCAAUUGGUGACGCAGCCUGUUGCACCCACUUCAACUGCUUCACGUUCAAACCUUCCUCCUUCUUCCACCUCCUCCUCGCCUCAAGACUCAGCUUGCAUUCCUAUACAUGCACAUUUUGGCGAAUUCCACUCUCCCCGUUUUCUCUCCUUUUCAUCUCCCUUCGCCCUUCGCCCUCCGCCCUCCGCCCCCACUGAUCGAGACUUCAACUCCCUGAGAUCCACCCCAACGUGCGCCUCGAAUUGACUCUCGUGCUCAGCGUCCUGCAAGUUCCACCAAACUGAAUCACCAUGAAUUCGGUACACAGGCAGUUUGGGAAGUUUAUGAAGCGGUCUGCGGACGACAGCCAGGUCUCCGUUUUGCUGAAGGAUUUUGACGAUGCUGACAAACUGCUGGCAAGGGUAAUCGACUCUAGCAAAGCAUGGCGCGACGCCUGGAUGGCCAUCCUCACUUAUCAGUCCCGAAUGGUCCAGGAAUUCGAAUCCCUUUACAACCCUAUAGUGGGUUCCUCAGAGCCCUCCCCCCGGCCCCCAGCAGAAACUCCAGAGGCUACGCUUGCAAGGACUGCUCGACUGCAAGAGGUGUAUGAGGAAUUGAAGACGGAACUUCUGACGGAAAUUAACAGUGUGGAUGAGAGAAUGAUCAAGCCCGCAAUGGACGCGAAGGACUACCUCCAGCCGUUUAAAAAGAUCAUUAAGAAACGUGAUGAUAAGAAGUUGGAUUUUGAGCGAUAUCAAAACCGAGUGGACACCUCACGAAAGAAGACGAAGCGUUCGGAUAGAGACAAUGCAGCAUUGGCAAAGGCUGAAAUAGACUUGAGUAGAGCAAAGGAUGAAUAUAGUGCUGCGGACGACCAUCUUCGCGCCCAUCUCCCGCCAUUAAUCACCGCCACAUUCUCCAUCCUUCCUCACCUUCUAGCUGCACAAAUUGAUAUCCAAAACACCCUUCUCGCACUCUACUACACGACCCUCCACAACUACUGCGAACAGGAGAACUUUCCCUCCCCUCCACCCGCAAUGGACCUGGUAAUCCAAACCUGGGAACGGGAUAUCUCCCCCGCCCUUCGCGAAGUAGAAACCAUUACCUGCCUCUCCCACCGCAGACCUUCCCGGCAACCCAGAACGUCAGACGAACACAGGAACGGCUCGUUCGCAAACGGGUUGAACGCCCGCCGCGCCAACAGCAACCAACCAGCCAUCCGCAAACCAUCCGUCUCCCCCAUCCGCAUCCGCGCGCCAUCCCCCGUCCUCGAAUCAAAGCCUCGACUAAACGGCAACGCCAAUGGCCACUCACCAAACACAACAUAUUCGUCCUCCACGAAACCCAAAUACUCCCCGGAGAUCCAAGAUUACUCUACCAUACCCGCCCCAAGCAUUCCUCCAACCGGGUAUUCCCCCGCAGGGCCGCGGGUGGACUAUUUCAGCCGCGAACGGCAACCGUCGUCGUCCGGGCACAGUUCCGCUGGCGCUGUGUCAUCUCUGGGCAUGACACAGAUAGCUGCUGCUGCGGCAAAAAAGAAACCUCCCCCACCACCCCCGCGCUCAGCGUCCAGCCCUGCCGUUUUCGUGACAGCCCUCUAUGACUUCCCCGGCCAGGGGUCGGGGGAUCUUGCUUUUCGAGAAGGCGAUCGCAUACGCGUGCUUAAGAGGACGGAUAGUACGGAUGAUUGGUGGGAGGGGGAACUCAAGGGUGUAAAAGGAAGUUUCCCUGCGAAUUACUGCGAGUGAUUUGAGCAGGAAAGGGGGAGAGACUGGAGACUGUGAGAUGAAACUGGAAAACUGGUCCCCGAACUAUAAACAGUAUUGACCACCUCCUUCCCGC